AUGGACAACCUGUCUUUCAAUCCACCCAACGGGCCACUUGAGUUGGGGGAUGAGGGGGCAGAGUUCAACAUGGACGCAGAAUGGAAGUGGUUCGAGGAUUUCUCCCCGGAGUUUCAAUCUAUGAGAUUUGAUGCACCCCUCACCACUCCCGACGCGCUGUUUGCCUCCGCGCAGAAUACAUUAACCAGCAAUGCACAUGCUAUGCCACCUACUAAUGAGCCAUUUGGUGAACCGGAACUCAUUGACUCAGCGGAAGAACCAAGGUUCGCCCCCCAGAUUGGGGUAUUUGAUAGUCCGCUCGACCCUGGUGGCCUUAGCCAAAUGAGUGAAGUCAUCGACAACCAGGCAAAUUUUUCCACUGCAAGCAAAUCCAAAACUUCACGCGCCGGAGUGAAUGAACCGUACUCUAGGUCGCGAAGUGAUAUGAGGAGCCACCCUCCAGGCCUCCCUAGACACCGCAGUCGCUACUCAAGGAGGCGACUAGGCGAAUUGACACCACCAGUUCUAAUUUCGCCAAAGCCCAGCGUCCAUGAUGUCCCUGAUCCAAUGCAGCGAUGGCAAGAUUCUCCACCAGAAGAUGAACCGGCAUCUCUUUCAGCUAUUAUGGAUGCAGUCAGGUCAAGCGAAGGCCCGAGUGCUGCAGAGUUUGGCAGAUCUGGCGCAGGCGGCAGUGAACCACCUGCGCGCCCUGGUGAGGCUUUUCGAGGAUAUCGGAAUGCUGCUUCAUCUACAAGCGGCGAGAGCGGUGCUAGCAAAUCGUCCCGAAACUCCCUGCAGUCAGAGAACUCCGGCUCUGGGUCAUCAAGGAACUCAUCUGCAUUACGUCCACGCAGAUCUCGAGGGCGGAUUACGAAGGCCCAACAAAAAAAUAAUGGAAAGGAAGAGCGGCGUAUAUUCUGUUGCACGUUUUGCUGUGAUCGCUUCAAAAGCAAAUACGACUGGACACGACACGAAAAAUCUCUACAUUUGAAUCUGGAGGCGUGGAUAUGUGCGCCAUUUGGGGGCGCUGUCUUCUCCACGACCACUCAACGUCCACACUGUGCCUACUGUCAUGCUCUGGAGCCAGAUGCAGAACACCUUAAAACGCAUAAUCAUCAAAGUUGCCACGGGGAUUCUAAAGAGCCACGAGUCUUUCGCCGGAAGGAUCACUUGGUCCAGCAUUUGCGACUCGUGCACGAUCUUCAAGUCAUGCCUCUAAUUGACGAUUGGAAACUUGAAACGCCGGCAUUCAAAUGUCGCUGUGGAAUUUGUGAUCAAACGAUGAACAGCUGGGAUGAGAGAACCGAGCAUAUUGCCGCCCAUUACAAACAAGGAUCAACCAUGCGAGAUUGGCAUGGCGAACAUGACUUUCCACCGUCUAUCGCCGCACAAGUGACACACGCAUUAUCACCAUAUCUGAUAGACAGCGAAUCAGCAAGUAUGGUCCCUUUCUCCGCGACCGACUCCAAUACCCGAGACCACUUCUUCCAAAUUUCCUCGAACGCGGGGAUGCGACAGGAACCAACCGAAACCCAGCCGCUUCAGCCGCUUCCAGAAACCUUCACCUCCCAGUCCGAGAUCAGCUCGUUCACGCAAAUUUUGACCAUGCAUCUCAGCCACUAUGCUCAAGACCAGAUGAAACAGGGGAUAGUCCCCACAGAUGAAAUGUUUCAGCAGGUGGCAAGAAGGCUACUCUACGACUGUGAAGACAACUGGAAUCAGACCGUGGCGGAUAAUGGACAAUGGCUCUCGGCAUUCCGACAAUUACAUUGCCAGCCUGAUGCGGGCGAUCGCGACCAAGUUUGA